AUGCAUCACAUUCUAGAUGAAGCGGACGGAAGCGUUGACGAUCUGUCGCAGAAGAAGACCAAUUCACAAUCAGACUCGACCUUGUGGGACAGUAGUUUGGACCAGUCUGUGCCCGAAUGGACGGGCAACAGUCGCGCGUCAAGAUGGCGGCAAACGAGGAACCAAGAUGGCGGCGGUGCGGCGAGGUCGAGCGAGCACUUCAACGUGCCCGAGAACGAUUCGAUGGCCGUUGAAGAGGAAAUACGCAGUCGUCGACGACCGUUCUCGAACGGCCCACGACGGAAAUCGUCGGCUGCCGACGUGGCCGCUGCGUAUAACGACAACACAACGGACGACGAAAACGUGUAUAAGAAACCGCUCCCGUUCGCCCAACGUCGGAAGAAACCAUCCGUUCCCGAUCCGAACGCUUUCAACGAAACGCACAGUUCCGUAGAGGAGGAGAGACCAGUGAGGCGAACUAGAAGAGGCUUUUCAAAACGACCCAAGUCGAUUCCCAAUCCGGAGUUCUUCGAUUCGGCUACCAUGGAUGAGUCGGUGGUGGUCGAGGCAAAACCUAAGAGGUUCACGAGAUCUGCCAGGCAGGUGACAGAGGCUAAUAUGAAGGCGUUUGAGGUAUCCGAUGAUGAAGAGGAAGAUGUUGGAGGAGAAGAGAGAGAAAAAGAAACUAGAGGGGGAGAAGAUGAGAGAGAAAAAGAAACUAGAGGGGGAGAAGAUGAUAAGGAAGGCAAUAGAGCAACAGAAACUAGAGGAGGAGGAGAAGAAGAUAGAGAAGGAAAAGGGACCACAGAAGAAAACAAAGAAAAGGAAAACUCAGAACUAGAAGAAGGGAGUGAAUUGGAAGAGGAAGGUAGGGUUGAUAAAGCAGGAGAGGAAACGAGAAACUCGAUGGAUGAGUCGGAUGAAUCUGAGGCAGAAGAAGGAGGGGGCAAUAAGAGUGUGUCGCUAGUGAUCCAAUCUGAGGGGGAAGUUGGGGGAGAGGAUUCCCUAGAUGAAGACGUUGACGAGGAGGAUAAAGGAGAGGAGAAACAGGUGGUGGGACGUGCAAAAUCAGGGGUGAAAGGAGAUCAGAAUAAACUUCAACAAAAAAAUCUUGAGGUUGGUGGAGGUAGCUCCAACGAACAAUCCAGUCUGCUUUUGGAAUACCACUUGUCUACCGAAAACCAGAGUGUGGGCCACAAUAAAAGCUCGGCGUCUUUGAAGAGCAGUGCUAGUAGGACCAUGGAUAUAACAUUGGCAUCCCGGCGUAGCAGAAGUAGGCGAUUACACAGCAGCGUUUAGAGAUGUAUAAAACUGGUGAAGGUGAACCGAAUCUGGGGAAGAUUUUGGACGGUGUAGAUGUGAUGAAUAUGUCGGCGAAAAAUUUGUUGGAACCGAUUGAAGGUGAAACGUUGAAAAUAUCGCCUCUGAAGGAGGUAGCUGUGUCAGUUAAGAACGACCGGUCCUUGAGAAGUCGUAAUAACAGUGCUGGUCGGAAAAGAAUAACAUAUCUUUGAGGAGUCGUGAUGAUAGUUGUUUCAGAUAGGAAAAGUAGGUCUUGAGGAGGGGAA